UAGAAACUUUUUAUCCAAUAAUUAGCAAAAAGAAUAAGAAAAUGACUGCCUCAACGAAGUUUGAGCCUGAAGCAUUAGACGCAUCUUCCUCCUCGUUGUCCAUGCCAUCGAGGAAUCCGUAUUGGGCAACAAGUCAUGAAUGGGAUUUGGCAAUGGGAAGGUCUGAUGAUGGUGGACAGCAGUCUCUGAACAACAUCAAUUCUCAACAACAACUACAACAACAACAGCAGAAUAGUGCUGCUUAUUAUGAGCAAAUGAUCGCAGCUGCUUCGGCUGCAAAUGGUGGUGGUCAAACUUCAGCUUGGUACCCAACACAAAAUUAUGUAGGUUAUUAUGGACUAGGAGGUGUUCAAAGAGUUGGAGCUGCACUUAAUGGAUACUUGGGGUCUCCUUAUUCUGGUAAAUUUAUUAAAUUUGUUAACUAUUUAAUAAUCACCUACACAUAUGAAGGUGUGUAUCCGCACCAAGCUGUCGAUUAUUAUAAUGCGGCUGCUGCCUCAUUUCCUAGCAGUUAUUAUGCAGCAGCUGCAUCAUCAGCAAAAGCAUUAGCUUCACAUUAUGGUCAGCAACCUCAACAACAUCCACAAAAUUACCCUGCCAUACUUUCAAUGAAUAACAGUAAUAAAUACCCUCCAACGAUAUUAAUGGAUCAACAAGCAAUCGCUACAGGCAGUGAAUUAGACACAUCCCCUCCAUUAAAUAAUGGAUCUGCUGCGGUUUCCUCACCUCCUUUGGAAACAAAUUCACACAAUAAUGGUGCUACAAAAUCAAGCAAAUCAAGAAAUAAAGGAGAGAAAUGUGGCGGGGCUUCUUUAAAUAUAAAACGUUCAAAGAAAAAGAAGAUUUCCGCAAUUAGAAGCCAAAGUCAAGAAUUAAACCAAACACGAGUAUUUGUUUGGGAAUUGGAAGAUGUUUGUUCUAUACUUCCCCAAAAUCAUUAUUAUAAAGAUCAGUUAGAAAUUAUGUUAAAUGAGGCAUUAUUAAAAGUGUUAGAACACCUAUUUAAUUUAGAGAAUUUUGAUGAUUUUGAACAAACAAAUAUUAUGGAUGCUGAAAUGGAUGAAGCACUUCAUAAUGCUAAUCCUUCAAAUUCAUUUUCUGAUGAAUUAUCUAAUAAUAACAAUAAUAUUCAACUUCCAUCUACCAAUCCCUCUUCAAUUCCAACUUCUUCAUCUAAUUUAAAUAAACAAACGGGAAUAUCUUCUACAGAUGGAUAUAGAAAAUUAGCAGAAAAAUGUAGAAAUGUUAAGAAUGUUUUUGAGAGAUAUAGAAGGCUAUCUUCAUUUGCUGACUUGUUAGAGCAUUGUGGACUUCCAUCUACUCAAUUAAUUAGUCAUUUGGAGAAUAUUGAAAAAUUUCCGGAGGCUAGUAUAGCAUUGUUUAGGGAGUGUUUAUCUUUUAUUCAUAAACGAUCUCCAUUACUUAAACAACCUUAUGUUAAUGUAAUACUCUCAUCUAAUCAAAUAGAGGGUGGAAUAUCUGGCGCUUUUGGCCGUUUAAUGUUGUGUAGAUUGGGGGAAUAUAUUGAGGCUGAAAAUGUUUUUUGUAUUACUCGAAAUGGAAGAGAAACUGUUUUUGAAAGAUUGAUAAAUCAAUUUCAAAAGAAAUUAAUUGUUUUUAUUUCUAAUAAUGAAGUAACUAAAAAAUUUGCAGAAACGGUGAAUUUUAAAGGUUUAAUUAAGGGAAUUGAUAGAAAUAUUUAA